AUUCGUCGAUCUCGCUGUCGCUAUAAUUACUUAAUUGCCCUUCUCCCUCCUCCUCCUCCGCCUCCUUUAAUUUUCGUGCUCCGAUCCUUCUCCCGUACCUCAACCUCGCCCAUGGCGGGAGCCACCAUGCGCGCCGUCCAAUACCACGGCUACGGCGGCGGCGCCGCCGCUCUUAAGCAUGAGGAGGUUCCAAUUCCUUCACCGAAGAAAGGAGAGGUUUUGAUAAAAGUAGAAGCAGCAAGCAUUAAUCCUGCUGAUUGGAAAAUCCAAAAAGGAUUUCUGCGGCCGUUUUUACCAUCUAAGUUUCCAUUUAUACCAGUAACCGACAUCGCAGGAGAGAUCGUCGAGCUUGGUUCUCAAGUGGAUACAUUUAAAGUAGGCGACAAAGUUGUGGGCAUGCUUAAUUUCACGAAAGGAGGCGGCCUUGCGGAAUAUGUCGUGGCUCCAGCAAGCCUCAUGGUUCUUCGGUCUCCCGACGUGUCUCCAAUCGAAGCCGCAGGAUUGCCUAUGACCGCUUGCACUGCCAUCCAAGUCGUCAAGGACAUCGGAACUAAAUUCGACGGCACGGGUGAAAGACUCAACAUCUUGAUCACUAGCGCCUCUGGCGGGGUCGGUUCGUACGCUGUCCAGCUCGCCAAACUAGGGAACCACCACGUGACCGCCACAUGCGGAGCUCGGAACGUCGAACUCGUUAAGAGCCUAGGGGCGGACGAAGUGCUCGACUACAAAAGCCCGGAAGGCGCGGCCCUGAAAAGCCCUUCCGGUAAGAAGUACGAUGUGAUCAUCAAUUGCGCGUACGGGCUCGAAUGGUCUCAUUUUAAGCCGGAAUUGAGUGAUACAGGGCGAGUUUUGGACGUAGCUGCCUCUCCGAAGACUCUUUUGAUUUUUCUCUUACGAAAAUUAAGUUUUUCGAAAAAGAAGUUAUCGGUAAUCUUAGUGUCGAACGUGACGGAGAAAUUGGGAUUCUUGGUUGAAUUGGUGAAGGAAGGGAAACUGAAGACAGUGAUCGAUUCGACGCAUUCGCUCGAGAAGGCGGAGGAAGCAUGGGCUAAGUGCUUGGAUGGCCAUGCCACAGGAAAAAUCAUUGUAGAAAUGUGAUUGAAUUGAUUCAAGCAUUAUAUUUUUGAUGUGUUAUAUCAUGUAUAAUGAACUAUAUUUGUUGUUGUUGUUGUUGUUGUUGUUGUUGUUUCCUUUUGAAACUAGGAAUUUGUUACUUUGUUUGUUAUGCAUUUAUGUACCCCAUAGAAAUGUUAUUCAUGUAAUAUAAUAAGUUUGUACUCA